AUGAAGGAGACGAUUGACACAAAUAAUCCAGAAAUUCGACCCGUUUUGAAUUUUAGCGACACCCUUAUUGUAUCCAUAUCGUUCCAUUUGUUGGCAAUCACGAGCUUUGAGGAAUUGUCGGAAUCUUUAUACUCGACUGCAUGGCUCAGCGUCAAAUGGACGGAUCAGAAUCUAAAAUGGUUGCCAUCCGACUACGGUGGUUUGGUAAAGACAACAGUUCCACCUCAUAAAAUCUGGAAUCCAAGUAUUGCAGUUUUAAACAGCAUCGAUGAACUGAAACCAAUCGAUAGCCAGUUUUUACACCCUACCGUCUGUUCAAAUGGAACUGUAAGAUGGACUCCGGGAUCUGCUUUCAGGACCUCUUGUAAGAUGAAUGUGGAGUCAUUUCCUUUUGAUGUACAAAGCUGUGAAUUGGAAUUUUUUGUGUGGGGACACGAGAUCGAAUCAGUGGAUCUUGAGCCGUAUAUUGAUCACGUAGACUUAGAUACCUUUAAAGAAAAUGGCGAAUGGGAGCUAAUUGGGUCGUCUCUAGAAAGAAAAUUCUUGAAUACUGAAGGGAAACCUCACCCAACGAUAGUGGUAACUCUAAGGUUAAAACGACGAGCUACAGUUUUAAUCCAAAGUAUCAUUAUACCAUUAGUGAUUUUGGCCAAUAUAAACGUAUUGGUGUUUUUAGUACCUGCGGAAACAGGAGAAAAAAUAUCAUUCUCUGUCACCAUUCUAUUGGCGUUCGGAGUGUUUCUUGGAUUCAUUAACGAUAGGAUGCCACAGACGUCUGAAACUACGUCAUCACUUUCUGUGUAUAUGUCAUGCCUUCUUGCCUUCAGUGCUGUAUUCGUCUUCAUGUCAAUUCUGAUUGCAAAGAUACACAACAAAACACAGAAAAUCUCUGGCUCCUGGUUGUUUUUGUACAUGCGUGUUUUGCGACCAUGUUGUGGAAGACGUAAGGACAAUAUUACGGUAACGUCUGAAGGAAAAGAUGAAGAGGGUCCAAAGAAUUCACCGAAUGUAACUUGGAGAUCAAUAGCCAGAUCCAUUGACUCAUUGUUAUUCUGGGUUUUCUUUCCACCAGUCUUUCUUACUAGCUUUGCUUUGCUUAUAAUACCUUCCAUACUGAAUUGUUCCCGCUAA